GCGCGGGUGGCAGGGGACGGCUGCAACUCCUCGCGGCCGGGCGGCCACGUGGGGCCCCGGGACUGUGCGCCCGCCCCGCCGCUCUCCCCGUGGGCGGCUCGGGGUGGCGCAGGCGGCCGGGGCGGGGCGGAGCAGAGCGCGGUGGCCGUCUGCGCUGCGGCGGCGGCGGCGGAAACAAUAGUGCGGAUCGUGGCGCGCGAUCGGCCGCCCGCGGAGCCGGACGGUAAAGCUCCUUCUCCGAGCCGCUUGGGCGCGCAGGGCCGGUGCCCAGACGGACGGACGGACGGACAGACCGAGAGGAUCGUGUGCGGCGGGGACCCGGGUCCCACCCCGCGCCGGCUACCCACGACCCUCGAGUGGCGCCCCCGGGACCCUCCGGACCGUCGCUGCCGGGUCUCCGACGUGAGCCGUCCCUUCCCGGGUGUCCGCGUCCCCACGUGCGUCUUCCCGCGGCGGAGCCGGGGAGCGGGGUCACUGAGUUAGCGGGACGCCUCCAGGCGCCCGCCGCGAAGUUGUCUGGCCGCCGGGACCGAGCUGAAGUUGGUUGACAGACCUAGUUUCCGUGCGGCAGCGACUCGGGCGGGCGGCGGGUGUCACCCCGGGGCAGCAGCUCUUUUCUGCCGCUGUGCUUUUCACGGUAAAGCCGGGAUCCUGAGCGCCAAGCAUGGCGAUGCUCGCCUGGGGCACUAUGAACGAAGAGGAGCAGUUUGUCAACAUUGACUUGAACGAUGACAACAUCUGCAGUGUUUGUAAACUGGGAACAGACCAAGAGACGCUGUCCUUUUGCCACAUCUGCUUUGAGCUGAAUCUGGAGGGAGUACGAAAAUCUAGUCUUUUACAUACCAAAUCACUGAGAGGCCAUAAAGACUGCUUUGAAAAAUAUCAUUUAAUUGCAAACCAGGAUUGUUCUCGAUCCAAGCUUUCCAAAAGUACUUACGAAGGAGUUAAAACCAUUCUGAGUAAGAAGAUAAACUGGAUUGUACAAUAUGCACAAAAUAAGGAUAUGGACUUGGAUCCCGAGUGUUCCAAAAAUACCCAGCAUCACCUGUUUAAUUUCAGGCAUAAGCCAGAUAAGAAAUUGCUCCCACAGUUUGACUCUCAAGUGCCAAAGUACUCUGCCAAAGGGAUAGCUGGGGACAGGGGUGCCAUCUCAAGCUAUACACACAGGAUUUUGGAGCAGGGGGAAAGUACAGACUUUGGGCUUGCUAUAUUGCAAGGCUCAGAGGCACUGUGGCCUCACAAACACAACCAGGCGCAGAAGAAAGAAGAGAUGAGCUCUGGCCCAGAGGCAGCUGUCCAGACCCAGACUCCGCAUUAUAGCAGAGAGCAACUGAAUUCAAUGACUCUUGAGGAAGUAGAAGAACUGAACACAAGGCUCCAACAGCAAAUCCAGGGAGUGUUUGAAGAGUUAACUCGCCAAGUGCAAGAAAAAGACUCUCUGGCGUCGGAGCUCCAUGUCCGUCACGUAGCCAUUGAGCAGCUUCUCAAGAAUUGCUCCAAGCUACCAUGCCUGCAAGUUGGCCGCGCAGGGACGAGGUCACACCUGUCCAUAAACAACUGAACUGGACCAAGUUCCUGUGCUUCACCCUGCUGGCCUGCUGAGCACGUGUACCUGGAAAACAUUUGAAGAAAGUUAUGGUCCUUUUUUUUUUUUUAUGGUUGUUGUACUUGCAAAACAUAAGAUAAUAUUUAUUAUCUUUUCCUAAUAAAGCAGAUCACUCUAGUCUAGGGCUAAUCAUUUGGCUUCAUUUGGGGACUUUUUCUUAUAAUUACUCAAAGCCCCUCCCUAACUUUACCAUGUGUGACUACUUAAAUAUACUGUUAGAGUGUGUUUUCAUUGGACAUUCUCUAUUGUAACUCAGCUGUCAAAACCAUAGGAGCCUAAUAAGGUCUUACGUUAGUCUAAACUACUAGAGGUAAUUUUUAAGAGGUCAGUAGAAUUCAUAAUAUCACCUUAUUUAUGAGCAAUAUUUUAAUACGAAAUUUUAUAUAUAAAUUGCUAUUUUGGGUAUUUUUCAUUGUCUUUAUAAAUGUGUAUUUGAAUGGCCAUGUGUAUUUGCACAUCCAUGUGUGAAUAUGUUCACCCAUAUGAAGAUUACUGCAUUUGGAGGGUAUAGUGUUUUUAUAACUGUUAUCUUUCUUUCCAAAGAUAAAUGUGUUUUGGAUAGUAUUUGGAGAAGCAGUCUGCCUAGCUGAGCUAUCUGAAAUACUAACAGCAUGUGAAAAUGAAAUUAAUCACUCUCUAAAGCAAAUAUCCAAGGAAAUAAAGCACAUUAUUGUUUUCUAAUGAAAACAAGUGUGAGUUAGCUUACAAAGAAAAUACUAUUCUGGUUCUUGUGUGUCAGUCUCCAUAAACGUAGAUGCCCCACUCGACGACUUAAUUCUCCUGACUUUCUUUGCUCUGAUAGUUUUUGGGUAAAGUAAAUCAGCUCUCAGCCCUGAGUCCAGUGUACUGAAAUUAGUCCUAAAAAAAAAAAAAAAAAAAAGAAA